GGCGCGGCGGCUCCGCGGCGCGGAGAGAGAGGCCUGCUGAAAAUGACUGAGUAUAAACUUGUGGUAGUUGGAGCUGGUGGCGUGGGCAAGAGUGCCUUGACGAUACAGCUAAUUCAGAAUCACUUUGUGGAUGAAUAUGAUCCUACGAUAGAGGAUUCCUACAGGAAACAAGUAGUAAUUGAUGGAGAAACCUGUCUCUUGGAUAUUCUCGACACAGCAGGUCAAGAGGAGUACAGUGCAAUGAGGGACCAAUACAUGAGAACUGGGGAGGGCUUUCUUUGUGUAUUUGCCAUAAAUAAUACUAAAUCAUUUGAAGAUAUUCACCAUUAUAGAGAACAAAUUAAAAGAGUAAAGGACUCUGAAGAUGUGCCUAUGGUUCUAGUAGGGAAUAAGUGUGACUUGCCUUCUAGAACAGUAGACACAAAACAGGCUCAGGAGUUAGCGAGGAGUUACGGGAUUCCAUUUAUUGAGACCUCAGCGAAGACAAGACAGAGAGUGGAGGAUGCUUUUUAUACAUUGGUGAGAGAGAUCCGACAGUACAGAUUGAAAAAAAUCAGCAAAGAAGAAAAGACUCCUGGCUGUGUGAAAAUUAAAAAAUGCGUUAUAAUGGGUGUUGAUGAUGCCUUCUAUACAUUAGUCCGAGAAAUUCGAAAACAUAAAGAAAAGAUGAGCAAAGAUGGGAAAAAGAAGAAGAAGAAGUCAAGGACAAGGUGUAUAGUUAUGUGAAUAGUUUGUACUCUUUCUUAAGGCACACUUAAGUAAAAGUGUGAUUUUUGUACAUUACACUAAAUUAUUAGCAUUUGUUUUAGCAUUACCUAAUCUUUUUUCCUGUUCGUGCAAACUGUCAGCUGUUAUCUUAAAUGCUUAUUUUCAAAGGACAGUGGAAACCUUCUUUUCUCUAAGUGCCAGUAUUCCCUGGGUUUUGGACUUAAACUAGCAAUGCCUGUGGAAGAGACUAAAGACCCGAGACUCUGUCUUGGGGUUUUGGUGCAUGCAGUUGAUUCCUCGCUAGUUCUCUUACCAACUGUGAGCAUCGGUGUGAACCAGAACAAUGAAGCUUUUGAACCAUCCCUGCUCUGUGUUCCAUCUGGUCAUCAAUGGAUUCAUUAGUAAUUACAGCUUCAUGUGAGACCUUGUGGUUGGUUCUCCUAAGACUAAGGGAUCACAGACUUAUGGGCUUCCCUUUGAUUCACUUCCAGCAUGUCCUAGAGUUUAUCAUCCUUCAUUAGUGUAGUUAGACUGUUCACAAAGGCUUUCUCUAGCUUUCCACUGCUAUUAAUCUUGGUCACUCCCCCAAAUAGUAUAUUUUUUCUAGAAAAGGGGAAAAAUGAAAAAAAAAAAAGGCAAUGGAAAACAUUGAAACCAAUUCAAUUUCCAUGUUAGCUAAAUUACUGUAAGGUUCCUAUAAUAGCUUUUCCUGGUAAGGCAGACCCAGUAUGAAAUAGUAACCAUUUGGGCUAUAUGUACAUGCUACUAAAUUUUUGUGAUAAUUCAAACAACUUUAACAUAUAUAAAAAGUUCUCAUAAGAAUUAAGUACACUUCCCCUUUGUCAGAUUGUUUUUAACUUUCAAGUCUUUUUUGAAUUUGUUGUUGAAAGUAGUUUUAAUGGUUGUGAAGCUGAAGAUGAAUUGAGACAGUCACAGCUUAGCAGGUGUCGAGGAGACCAGAGUUGCGGGGUUGGGCCUUCCAGGACCCCGGGAUGAACGAACGCUGCUGGGUUUUGCAGCAGUGCUGUGCUCAGUGUUGGCCGUGCAUUGUUUGGCCAGCAUGGGGGAGGAGGAAAGUUGAAUGGCUUAGUACAAUGCAUUCUCACCAUGUAACAGUCCUACUGACAAAUCAAGGAAAUGUCUUUUGUUUAUAAUAAUAAAAAACAAUUUAAAAUAAA